AUGCAGCAAAGUUCAUUUGAAAUUUUUAUUGACCCUUCCCGCACCGAUGCAUUUGUCACUGUAUCGGCCAAAUUCCUUAACGAUUGUCUUAGUCCCUUUUACGGCAGCAAAACGCCGCCGGUGGUACCGCUAAGGCUUUCGGACGGAAAAAGAAACCUCUAUGUUGGAUGUCUGACACGUAAAACCCACAAUCUUGAACCAUGCAAGCUGCUCAUGUCCGUUAUUUUGGGCAGGGACCUGGAAUUGGAAAAUGGUGCGAUUGUGUACUGUGUCCCUGUGUAUCACCCAAUAAAGGCCUCUCGAGUGCUUGUAUCGCCUGCCUCCGUGGAUGAGAGCGAAGUUGCGGAACAGAAUGCGCUUCGCAUUGAGACACAACUACUUCGUCAGGUUCAAGUCAUAUUCCCCGGAAUGACUAUCAGUGUCGUUGUUUUUUCUGACGUUCAUGCAAGGGUGGUGGUCCAGCGAAUCGAAGACUCUCAGGGUCGUGAAUUAUCGUCCGGAUGUGCUGUUAUGUCCGAAGGAACCGAAUUUGUCAUUGCGACAAGAUCGAGGCAAGUGGCCGAAAAAGGAACAAAACCCAUGUGGGCUAUUCUGCGCUGCCACCCAUACGGUACCUACGAGACCACAAUAACAUCUCUUACAGAGACAAAGGUGUCGCUUUUUUUGAAUCCCGCAACCGCAGAACGAAACCAUUGGUGUGACGGUCUUGUAGUGGGUUUUUGGGAUCUCGCAUGUAUGUCACAACUUCUUGAGUCUAAGGAGGUGACGCCGUCUUUUCUUCGGACAAACGCGUGGAGAGCCCCCAUUAAAUACAUUAAAGAGAUGCCUGAAGGAGUGUGUUGCUGUACUGUUUUUGGGCAGACCUCCAAUGUGGUCGUGUUCCCCAAUCCCGAAGAGAAUUUGCCUACUGUGACCGAUAAAGAUUUCGCGGAAGAUCAUUUUAUUUUCUCUUCUUGUAAAGAGGCAGGCUUUGAUAGAGUUGCAGCUGUUCACGGAGAGUUAUCUCAAGAGCUCCUUCGUCACCUCUCUGGCUGGUUCUCUCGGGAAACGGAGUUGAAUACCUCCCUUGGUGAGGUAAAUGGAGGCAAUGGUAAUGUUCUGCUUUGUGGUGGAAAGGGGUGUGGCAAAACAGCUCUUGUUGCAGCUGUUUUGAGCAGGCUUCGUGAUGUCCACGUCUGUGUUGUUCAAUGUGGCUCUGGAGGAGGAAGUCGACAGUUGGUCUCCCUACAACAGGCCUUAGCGGAAUGUAUCCUGUGUGCGCCUUCUGUCUUGAUUUUGGAUGAUUUUGAUACCAUUGCCCCGGUGCAACGUGAAGGGGCUGCGGCGGCGAUUACUGGCAAGACAAAAUCGACCUUGGAGGAAAUGCUGCAUUGCUUCUCCGACGCAUUUACUUUUGCGGGUCGCGGCUCUGUCGUUGUUCUCGCAACUUGCGGGAACCGUGAAGAUGUUUACGAGCGUCUUCGGUCAGCGAAUUGUUUUUCCAAAAUCACGAAGGUCGAAGCGCUGGACCGAAAGGCACGCCUGGCGUUGCUCCAGCAGAUGUUCCCAAAGGAGUCUGCGGACACGUUGGAACAACUGGCGGCCCUUACGGAGAACUACACCCCAUUUGAUAUCAAGAAGGUUUCCGUGCGUAUCAAAAGCUGCUCCACGGAUGGGGAUUUUUCCUCUUUGGAGAAGGCAAAGGAAGUCAUUGCUCGCUUUACUCCGUUGUCUCAUACCGGAAUCCACUUUCUUCGGGGUGAAAAACAAUCUUUAGAUUCCAUUGGAGGCCUUUCUAACGCGAAAAAAAUCUUGUAUGACACCUUAGUGUUGCCUAUGAAGCACCCCGAAUUAUUUGCACGCCUUCCGUUGAAAACCCGAAGUGGAUUACUUCUUUACGGUCCUUCAGGUUGCGGAAAGACGUUUUUGGUAGAGACGCUUGUAAAUGCCGCCGAAUUGAAUUGCAUUGUUGUCAAUGGUCCCGAGGUAUUUGGGAAAUACAUUGGUCAAAGUGAGCAGAAGAUUCGUGAUGUUUUUGAACGCGCUGAGGCAGCUGCACCUUGCGUGGUUUUUUUUGACGAGUUUGACUCGGUUGCUCCACAACGUGGUGUGGAUAACUCCGGCGUGACAGAUCGCGUAGUGAAUCAGUUGUUGUGCUACUUGGAUGGGGUGGAUGAGCGAAAAGAUGUUUAUGUUGUGGCCGCAUCUAGUCGCCCUGAUUUAAUAGACGCCGCCCUGCUUCGACCAGGUAGACUGGACAAGGCUGUGGAAUGCCCCAUUCCGUCCUACGAGGAGCGUUUGGAAAUAUUGUUGUUCUGCCUUGAUAAAAUCUCUGCGAACCUCUCACGGCAGGAGGUUGAGGAUAUUGCGAGAGAAACUGUUAAUUGGACGCCUGCAGACUUAUCUGGACUGGUUUCGUCCGCACAUAUUUUUGUGACUCGGCGUGUGAUUGAACGGCUUUCAUUGGACGUCGCGGAGAUGGAUUUCGAGCGGAGUUUUGCUGUGGCAAAUGUAGGCAGAGACACAACCCUGGAGAAGAUUGAGGACACAUUGAAGCCACUAUUUGGGACCGUAAAAAAGGGACAGGAUCUGAACCUUUUUACUCAAAUGGAGAUGGAGGAUAUGAAGCAAGCGCUGGCCGUAACUCGGCCCUCUUUGACCUCUAAAGACAUUUUAGAAUAUGAAAGAAUGCGGUACAUGUUUACUGGAGGCGACACGGGAAACAAGAGGUCUAAAGUAGGCAAAAAACUGGCCAUGCAGUAA